GCGAGAAAAGGGAGAAAGACAGAAGGGACCCUACCUGCUGCUACUCCUCAAAGUCUGAAACUGAACCAUCCGAUCGCCCACACAAACCGAAGACCGAACUUUCUCCGUCUCGUUCUUCUUUCGGCCUUAUGUGUGGUUCGACUCCAAAAUAACCCUAUAUCAGCUUUGUCGGAAAGCAUGUUGUUCUACAUCAAGGACUUGAUCUAUUUGGUGUGACAUAAAAGAUUGGCUAGGCUUUCCUUGGUAAUUCAUCAAGUCUAUUGUUUAAUUGUCAAUUAUCGUCUAAAGAAAGUGAGCUGCAUGCCAUCUCCUUGUGCAUUUUCGAGUUAAUAGUCUUCAUGGCCUUAAGACCUUCAUGUAAAGUUGGGUUCAAUCUCAAUGUAUCCAACACGGAUGAUAUUCAGUUAAAUACCAAGUGGGAAGAUGUGAUUUGCCCUAUAUGCUUGGAUUUUCCGCAUAAUGGUGUACUCCUCCAAUGCUCUUCUUAUGAGAAAGGAUGCCGUCCUUUUGUUUGUGACACAGACCACUUGCAUUCAAAUUGCUUGGACCGUUUCAAAAGUGCUUAUGGUAUGUCAAUCCCUUUAACAUCUGAUGUAACUCCCACAGAAAACAGGGAUCCCGUGGCAUCUGAAGGCAACUGUAAACCAUGUUGUCCCUUGUGUAGAGGAGAGGUUAUUGGGUGGUUUGUUGUUGACAAGGCCCGUCUAUAUCUGGAUGCGAAGAAACGUUGUUGUGAGGAGGAACAAUGUACAUUCAGGGGAACUUACUUAGAACUGCAAAAGCAUGCUCAACUGGAGCACCCUCAUGCUCGUCCAUCAAAGAUUGAUCCUGCACGGCAGCUUGAUUGGGAGAAUUUUCAACAGUCCUCUGAGAUCAUAGACGUUUUGAGCACUAUUCAUUCAGAAGUCCCACGUGGGGUGGUUUUGGGAGAUUAUGUAAUUGAAUAUGGGGACGAUGAAACUGGAGACGAGUUUGAGGACUUCCCUGGGGAUGAGGGGAACUGGUGGACCUCUUGUAUUUUGUAUCAGGUGUUUGAUAACUUCAGGAAUUCUAGAAACAGAAGAAGGUCAAGAGUUAGUGAUACAAGAAGAGGAAAUCGCCGAACAAGUUAUGAAAAUUCUGUUUCUGAUGAGGGUUCUGUGGCAUCUAUAGAAUUUCCUGAGUAUAGGAUAGAUGAGACUGACGAUGAGUUUUUGAGUACAAAUGUCCCAACAAGUAACUCCAGUCAUCGCAGUUCUCGAAGACGCCGUUCCCGCUUCUACGAUAAUUAGAAGUGAAGUGAAGUGAAGUGGAGAACAGAAGGAUCCACUGCAAAGUAUAAAAGAUUCCAUGCUUGCUAGAGAUCAUCUCAUUGUUAAAACAUGUAAAAGCUACAUCUGGAUCUUAUCUUGCUACAUUUGUGAUAAGAUAUGCUGAUUAGACAAGAAUGAACCUGACAAUCCCAUCUGGUUAUGUUAUGACCAUUGUAACAUUCAUCAUUUCUCUUUGGCUUUAAUUGUUUUUUUUCACCCCUAUAGAAUUCUGAAGGAUGCAGAAAGUAUUGCACAAUGGAAAGUCAGCUGAUAAACUACCAUUUUAUUUUAUUA